CACACACACACACACACACUGCGGUUUGCACUAGUGCAGUGGUCGAGGAACCUGGGGCGUGGUCACAUGUGACGAUGACGUCUUAUUUUUGUCUGUCAAACCGAGUAGCAAAUAAACGGUCCCUCCAAAUAGGCAGCUUGACAAACGCGUCAGUUUGCUGAUCACUAACGUGUCACCCCUGUAUGGGUGCCAUGGUCGUCAGUAACACAUGAGUUCUACUAUGUGGUACAUCAUGCAAAGCAUUCAAAGUAAAUACUCCCUGUCCGAGCGGCUCAUCCGCACCAUCGCUGCCAUCCGUUCCUUCCCGCAUGACAACGUGGAGGAUCUCAUUCGCAAGGGUGCCGAUGUGAACCGCAUGCAUGGCACACUGAAGCCCCUGCACUGCGCCUGCAUGGUUGCUGAUGCUGACUGUGUGGAGCUGCUGUUGGAGAAGGGGGCAGAGGUGAACGCUUUAGAUGGCUACAACCGCACGGCGCUCCACUAUGCAGCAGAGAAGGACGAGAGCUGUGUGGAGCUGCUGCUGGAGUACGGGGCCCAGCCCAACGCUCUGGAUGGCAAUAAGGACACUCCGCUCCACUGGGCCGCGUUUAAAGACAACCCCGAGUGUGUGCGAGCGCUGCUCGACAGCGGGGCUUGCCCCAAUGCCCGCGACUACAACAGUGAUACGCCACUGAGCUGGGCAGCCAUGAAGGGUAACCUGGAAAGCGUCAAAGUGCUUUUGGACUAUGGCGCACAGGUGCAUGUGACCAACUUGAAGGGCCAGACGCCCAUAUCCCGACUGGUGGCCCUCUUGGCACGCGGCCUGGGCACCGAGCAGGAGGAGGAGUGCCUGGAAUUGUUGUGCCGGGCAGCCGGGCACUUCAAAAUCCGCCGGGCCGACGGAACGCUUCCCAAAGAGCUUAGUAAGGAUCCACAGCUGCUUGCCAGGCUCACCGGCAUGGUAGCCCAGGCGCCCACACUGCGCUCUCUGGCACGCUGCGCCGUGAGGCAUAGUCUUGGCGUGCGGUUCCUGCCCACAGCAGUCAAAGAGCUUCCUCUACCAGAGACCAUCAAGGAGUAUCUCCUCCUCAGAGACUAAGACAGCAUUGGGUUGCGGCGGAGUUUUUCUUCUUGCCUCAAACAAACACAACAGCCUCUCAUGCCCCCUUUCCACUGCGCAGAACUGGAUCGAGGCGAUCUAGUUGAAAACUGCGCUGCACUGAGCGCCUCAGUCUAAACAAGACAUACUUACAAAAGUGACUCAUUCAGCUGCCAUCAGUAUAUUGGAAGAAAAAAAAAUUAACAUUGACAGGCAUUCAAGUACUUUACUACAAGUAAUUUAUUGUUUUGGGCACUUAGUGCAAUAUGAUUACAUAUAGUAUUUUAGAACAAAAGUACAUGGACAACGGGAGAGUCCUUGAAUUUGGAUCUUGAACACCUAUGUAUCAGAAGGCCACACAAAGCAGGCCAAAAUCACACAAAUCAAAAUUGUAGAAUUGAAUUAAAUAUCCCACCAAAAAUACCAGUAAACUCGUAUCACUAAAUCAGUCAUAUUGUUAAGAAGUAUUGUUUUUUUCCAGAAUGUGGCCCAAAUACGCCUUCAUGCCUCAAUGUAUCAUAACAGGAUAGCAAAUUAAUCUCUGUUGCUAAAUCCCGUAUUUCACUGAACUGCAAAGGUUGGCAAGCAUUUGCGCACGAAUGUUUAUUUUUUAUUUUUUUUCCCCCCUCAUCAGGGUUUGUUUAAAGUCGCAAACCGUCUCACAGACGUUCGCUAGACAUUCAUCAACAGUUUUGAGGGUCGUCAACAGUUUUUUGUUUUUGUCGCAAAUAAAAUUUGAUCUUUUCAACAAGAAAAAGUGUUUGCAACUUUUUGCAACCUUUUAGGAUUCCUGACGAAAAAAAACAAAUCUACAUGCGCAAAUAAUUGCGGCUCAGUGAGAUACAGGCUUAACAACAGUAAAGAGAUUCUUGUGUGUUUGACUCUUGACAAGUUUCAAUAUGUACUGAUCCGAUAUUGACUUGCUAUGCUUGGAACACUGACAGAACAGUUACUAACAUAAGGUAGUUACAGUGGAAAAGGGGCAUGGCAUGUCAAGUACGUAGCUUUUGAUGAAAUGUCACCAGAAGUUACAGUGAAGUGUGUUUAAGAAUGUCACACGGCUGUAUCGCUGCACCAUUUACAUUUCAUGUUAUAUAAUUCAUGGAGGCACCUCUAAAAUUCCAAGCACUUAGUCUGUCAAGGCGGUCUUUAAUGCACGGAACAAGGAUGAGAGAUUUUAUUUCAUGUUGUUCCAGGGAUCAUCACUUUCUUUUACACUACUGAGGUAACAAAUGAUGGGUAACAAAUUGAUCACCUAAGUCUCGCCUGAUAACGUGACACCUUGCCUGCUGUUCUGUGUGCAAUUCAACGUAAAACAAAGUUGCCAUAGAGGAGCGAACCGUUCGCUCUGUUUGUGUAUGCGCGUGUGUGUGUUUUAAACUGUCUCUAAUGUAACUAUAAUGAACAUCAAGUUACUAAUAUUUUUAAGAUUUACACAAUAUGCUUUGUAUUAUGUACCUAAGUUGAAAAUGAAUGGUUUUGUGUUGUGGUGCUGCAGAUGUUUAUAUCAUGUUAAAGGUGCAUCUUCUUUACGCCAA